AUGGUUGUAGAGUUGAGCAGCGAAAGUAGAAGAAGCGACUACAUACUGCGCACUACUCAGAACUACAAAGAUUCGGACGCCAACAACAGCAGCAACAAGUUUCGAAGCAACAACAACACUUUUUAUACCUCGUAUAGCAGUAGUGCAGCCGCUACAAACAGUAGUAACAGCAGCGACUUCGACGACUUCCGAAGAAGGCUGAGAGGCACGUCAGUCCAGAAAGAUAAUUACGCAGCUGGCAGAACCAACUACAUGGCCACUGGCCUGAGCGGCUAUUCAUCUGCAGCUAGAGAUCGCAAGAGCUAUAGCUACAACAACAGCUACAACGAUGACGACUACAGCCACAACAACGACAGCAACGACGCACGCAGUAGCUACUCUCUUAUAAAAGCGCCGAACCCGUUCCCAGUGUCGAAAUUGAGGAAAAGGUUAAGGAAGGUCAUUUGUGAGACCAGGGGUGACCCUUACUACUUUAGAUAUUAG